CCGAGGGGCUUAUAUCAGCGGCCAAGAUGGUAGCUGCUGCCACUCACAGUUUGUGCGAGUCGGCCAAUGCCAUGGUUCAAGGUCAUGCUACAGAGGAGCGACUCUUCGCUUCGGCCAAAGAGGUCGCGGGGUCGACAGCCCAUCUCCUGGUCGCCUGCAGGGUCAAGGCCGACCCAGACUCAGUCGCCAUGAAACGCCUCCAGGCGGCGGGUAAUGCGGUGAAGCGCGCCACGGAGGUCCUGGUGAAGGCGGCCCAGCAGGCCAAGCAGAGAGAUGAAGACGAGGAUAUAAACGUGGCGGUCGACUCACGUAAAGUGGGCGGGAUCAAACAGGAACUACAAAUUCAAGAGGAGAUGUUACGGAAGGAGAGAGAAUGGAUCGAAGCCAGAGAGAAGCUGGCCAAGUUCCGUAAACAGCGGUACAAGGACACGGGCCACGAUAGCGACUCAUCAUCUGCCUUCUAAUGCCGCACGCUCCAGCUUUAACUGUAUAAUGCGUAUAGUGCCUGUCACGUGUCUUGUGAUGUCAUAAUGGCUUCCAUGUCAGCUGUCCUUGUGAAGGUCAAGGUGACAAUCAUCUAAGUGAUUGAGAAUUUGAAGGGAGUGAUAGUGUUUGAGAUCUGGGUUAGGGUUGCAUUUCUGUGGGUGUGAUUUUUCAAGAUAGAUGUGUAAGUUUUUAUACUUAGAAUGAUUAAUGAUGAUAAUGUAUUCAGAGGACAGAAAUUUGGAAUUGAGAAGAAAGAGACUCAGAAAGAAAGGACUCUCAAUAAUCAUAUCAUAUGUAUAUGUAGCUGCUGAUUAACUGUUAAACCAGUUAUGUCGCAUAUUGUACCGGAUUUUACAGAAUUGUUUACCAACCGUGCAAACAUUUAUCUAUUUUGAAUAGAAGCAGUUGUUAUUCGACACUUGAUUAUUUUUGGAUUUUUCUCUGCAAGCAGACUUGUUUUUUUUAGAAUAUAAACUUGAAGUUUUCCGAAUCUGAUAAAUUAAAUCUACACUGUUUUAAGGUAGCCAAUUGUGAUAUGGUGUUACAAAUGAUAGAUGAUAUGGUGUUACAAAUGAUAGAUGAUAUGGUGUUACAAAUGAUAGAUGAUAUGGUGUUACCAAUGAUAGAUGAUAUGGUGUUACAAAUGAUAGAUGAUAUGGUGUUACAAAUGAUAGAUGAUAUGGUGUUACCAAUGAUAGAUGAUAUGGUGUUACAAAUGAUAGAUGAUAUGGUGUUACCAAUGAUAGAUGAUAUGGUGUUACAAAUGAUAGAUGAUAUGGUGUUACAAAUGAUAGAUGAUAUGGUGUUACAAAUGAUAGAUGAUAUGGUGUUACAAAUGAUAGAUGAUAUGGUGUUACAAAUGAUAGAUGAUAUGGUGUUACAAAUGAUAGAUGAUAUGGUGUUACAAAUGAUAGAUGAUAUGGUGUUACAAAUGAUAGAUAUGCAAUACUUAUAUACAAUAUAAAGACUGAUAUAGCUUACUUAUUCUUUGAUAUGUAUAUGUAUUUGUACUAUCCAUGUACUGCAGAUGUUGUAUUCAAGUCCUGUUUUUAUGUCGACUUAGAAAUAUGCUUUAUCAGCACAGUUUGAGUGAAAAUUAACCAGAUUUCUUCCCCUGUCUGUUUUGUUGCUGUUUAGAGAUUUCGAUUCACGCUUGAUUUUAGUCAGAGUUUUAAUUGAUAAUUUCAUGAGAAAAACGUUGAUUUGAUUUCUGUGUUUGAUGCCAGGCUUCCACUAACCGAGUAAAUCCGCGAGUAUUUGGUGUGUACCACGCUAGUCCUACACAUAUACCCAGUGCUGCGUAUUGAACUGUUUUAUGUGUGUAUUUUGUAUUAGUCGUGUUUAGUUUUUGAUAAAAGUGAUAUAUAUUUUAUUCUGUUUAAUAUUAUGAUUAUUGUAUAAUUAUUAUGAUGACAACUGUGUAAUUUUCUACAUUCUCUAUCAUGCACAAUAUAUGUAGUAAACUUUUGUUUCCUAUAUAGAAUUGGUAUAUUGUAUGUAUACUGUCCAUAUAUAACAUGGCCAUCCCCUCACCAGGUGUACACUACAGACCAUAUAUAACAUGGCCUCCCCCUCACCAGGGGUACACUACAGACCAUAUAUAACAUGGCCUCCCCCUCACCAGGUGUACACUACAGUCCAUAUAUAACAUGGCCUCCCCCUCACCAGGUGUACACUACAGACCAUAUAUAACAUGGUCUCCCCCUCACCAGGGGUACACUACAGAUCAUAUAUAACAUGGCCUCCCCCUCACCAGGUGUACACUACAGACCAUAUAUAACAUGGCCUCCCCCCCCCCUCACCAGGGGUACACUACAGACCAUAUAUAACAUGGCCUCCCCCUCACCAGGUGUACACUACAGACCAUAUAUAACAUGGCCUCCCCCUCACCAGGUGUACACUACAUACCAUAUAUAACAUGGUCUCCCCCUCACCAGGGGUACACUACAGAUC